UGAAAACAGAGAGAGAGAGAGAGAGAGCAAAAGAAGAAGAGGUAAUGGGGAGACCUCCUUGUUGUGACAAGCUUGGAAUCAAGAAAGGACCAUGGACUCCAGAGGAGGACAUCAUCUUAGUGUCUUACAUCCAAGAGAAUGGCCCUGGGAACUGGAGAUCUGUCCCAACAAACACUGGUUUGAUGAGAUGCAGUAAGAGUUGUAGAUUGAGAUGGACUAAUUAUCUGAGGCCAGGGAUCAAGAGAGGCAACUUCACACCUCAUGAAGAGAUGAUCAUUCAUCUUCAAGCUCUGUUAGGAAACAGGUGGGCAGCCAUAGCUUCUUAUCUUCCACAAAGAACAGACAAUGAUAUCAAGAACUACUGGAACACACACCUGAAGAAGAAGAUGAAGAUGAGUUCAUCUGAAGUUCAAAGUCAGAGCUCAACUUCAAAUGAUCUCACAUUCAAAGGGUUGAACACUGAGACAAGUAAUUCAUAUUCAUCAUCAUAUGCUUCAAGUGCACAGAACAUAUCAAGGCUUUUGGAAGGAUGGAAGAGGUCCCCUGCAAUUAAUAAUACUCAAGCAAUGCAACAGGAACAUAGCAUUGGAAAUGAAGGCUUUGGGUCAUUGAUCUCAUUUGAGAAGGAUUCAGAGCUUCAAUCCAUGUCUAUGCUUGAGACAUGGCUCCUUGAUGAAGCCUCAGGCCAGCCAUUUUUUUCUAACUCUUUUUCUAGUUAAAAUUACAUAAUGGUAUUACUGUGAAAUAAUUGGAAAAGGAUAUGGGGACAUGUAAUGAAGAUGGCAUUAAAAGCUUCAUUUAUAGUCACAAAUGACAACCAUAUAUAAUCAUGAUGGACCAAAACCAUUAAGUACUAGUUUACAAAAUAAACAAUCCCAAAAUUUCCCACAUAUGUGGUAGCUCUGAGAAACAACCCCACAAUGCAUUCAUUUUGGGUUGCAAUCUCUCUAGUCAGUGUAGUAGUUAUGUAUUUGAAACUUAGCAGGAGAUCCUCUGUUCCACUGUUUUUCCAUGUGCUUGCAUGCAAAAAUACUUCUAACAUAAUUUUAUUCUA